AUAAAAAAAAAUUGUGUGAAAAUUUAUUCACAGUUUCUUCAAGUUUUUGGCAAAGAGAAAAGGGAAGUCAAUUGGAAAAGGAUAUCUUCUCUGCUAAGUUUCCAUUUUUCUUCUGAUUGUUCGAAGCCAUGCUCAAUAAAUUCUGGGGUGCGCAGCAACCUCAGCAACGUCCACAGGAGGGUAAUAAUGAAUCAUGUUAUCAACCAUCUAUAGGAAGCUCCCAGUCUCCUGGGUCUUCCCGCCCCGGAACUCCUAGUCCAAGCUCUUCAGGCAAUUUUGGUGUCCAAAGACCAACAGAUAGGGCAAGCUCAGUGUCACGUGUUUCCCCUGCAGAGGCUGCAGGCAUUAUUACUGCUAUAAAAGAUAAGAGCCUUGAGGAGCUAAGGGACCUUCUAUGUCACCAGGAUGGAUAUCAUAACUUAUUACUUUCACUUGAACCUGUCAAAACUCAGAAUAAAGUUAGAGAUGACCUUCGGAAUGAAACUCUGCAACUUGCUAGGGAGAAUUUAGAAAAAGAACCGCAGAUAAUGGAGCUUAGGAAUCAGUGCAGAAUCAUCCGCACCACUGAAUUGGCUGCUGCUCAAGAAAAGCUGCAUGAACUGGAAAGGAGAAAAGAAGAGCUAUUAAAAUUCUACUCUCCUGCAUCACUCCUCCAUCGGCUACAAGAUGCCAUGAGAAAAACAGACGAAGAAUCUGAAAAUCUAGACAAACAGCUUCUCGAGGGGGAAAUCGAUCUUGCAACAUUUGUGCAGAAGUACAAGAAGCUACGACAAAGUUACCACAAACGUGCACUUACACACCUUGCUGCAAAGACAUCUAUAACUGGCUGAAUGUUUUGCUUAAUAUGAUGUGUGUGAAUAUUAUAGAGCUGAGUCUUCCUUUGUUUCUAAAAGCGUGUGUACCAUAAUAUUGCUUCAGAUAUAAUUUUGUGACAAAUUUAUCCCAAGUUUGGCCUCUACUGGGUAGCAUGCUUGAUAUAAGAGGACUAAGUACAGUACUGUUUUAUAAGAAAAUUCAGUUAUAUUUA